GCCAAGGUGACGGGCGGAGGCGCCAAGGUGCAGCGGGAAGCGGAGGUGAGGGCUGCGCUGCCCAGAGGUGUUGCACCUCGUGGGUUCGUCGGGAGGCAGGUGGAGGUAAGUGUCAUCCUGUGAGGAUGCAGUGAGAUGAGGCCCUGAGGAACGUCUGCCCUGUUGCUGUCCAUCCGCCCGAACUGAGGAGCCUUCCACUGGUGGGAAUUUUCCGCAGCCUCCAGCCAUGCGUCUCUCUGCCCUGCUGGCCUUGGCAUCCAAGGUCAGCCUGCCCCCCCACUACCGCUAUGGGAUGAGCCGCCCAGGCUCCCUGGCAGACAAGAGGAAGAACCCCCCAGGCACCAGGAGGCGCCGAGUGGCCGUGGAGCCCAUCUCCGAUGAAGACUGGCAUCUGUUCUGUGGGGACACGGUGGAGAUCCUAGAAGGCAAGGAUGCUGGGAAGCAGGGCAAAGUGGUCCAAGUUAUCCGGCAGCGAAACUGGGUGGUCCUGGAGGGACUGAACACCCAUUACCGCUACAUUGGCAAGACCAAGGAUUUCCGGGGAACCAUGAUCCCGAGUGAAGCCCCCUUGCUCCACCGCCAGGUCAAACUUGUGGAUCCCGUGGACAGGAAACCUACUGAGAUCGAGUGGCGAUUCACUGAGGCAGGAGAGCGGGUUCGAGUCUCUACAAGAUCAGGGAGAAUUAUCCCCAAACCUGAAUUUCCCAGAGCCGAUGGCAUCGUCCCCGAAACAUGGAUUGAUGGCCCCAAAGACACGUCGGUGGAAGAUGCUUUAGAAAGGACCUAUGUGCCCCGUUUGAAGACACUGGAGGAGGAAGUGAUGGAGGCCAUGGGCAUCCAGGAGACCCGGAAACACAAGAAAGUCUACUGGUACUGAGCUGAGGAUGGCGGCUGCCCCUCAGAUGCCAAUAAAGAGCCAGGAGGCCUCGCGUGUAUAGCUGUUG